AUGUCUAUGGAUUGUCUUCGGGGUCCUACACCGAGGGUCAGGGACCCAAUUGUGAUUGACUUACCACCACGUGGCAGGAAGGAUUGGGGUGACGUACGCAGCAACGAAUCAGGAUGCGGAGGGAAGUAA